UGAAAAUGUCUGACAAAUUUGAAGAGAAGAUCAAGAACUACAGGACGGCUCCUUUUGAUGCCCGCUUCCCAAACACCAACCAGACCAGGAACUGCUACCAGAACUAUUUAGAUUUUCACCGAUGUAACAAAGCUCUGUCAGCUAAAAACCAGGACCCGGCUCCCUGUGAGUGGUACCACAGGGUAUACAAGAGUCUCUGUCCCAUCAGCUGGGUUCAGAAAUGGGACGAUCAGCUGGAAUCAGGAUCGUUUGCUGGGAGGAUUUGAAGGCAGUUUCUCCUCUCAUCCCAUCAUCUCAACAUGAAACAUUCUAGUAUUUAUUUUUUUUAAAGCAGCUAAAUAAAAAGCCA